AUUCGCACUGGAACACACAGAUCAAUAAUAUAAACAAAAAUGCUGAAGCAAAGCCAUGGCCUAAUCCUGGCCAGACGCAAUCUUUGGGUGGUUUGCGGGGGCCUCCGGGCCAAGGAAGGCGGCAAGGACAAGGAUAAGGCCUCGGACAAGUUUCGCAUGGAGAAGGACACGUUCGGGGAACUGCAGGUGCCGGCAGACAAGCUCUAUGGGGCUCAGACAAUGCGUUCCAAGCUGAACUUUCCCAUUGGCGGUAUAGCCGAGCGCAUGCCGAUGCCGGUAAUUCAGGCCAUGGGCAUUCUGAAGAAAGCCUGCGCCGAGGUCAACAAGGAGUUCGGCCUGGAUAGCAAGAUCGCGGAUGCAGUGUCCUGCGCCUGCGAUGAUGUCAUCUCCGGCAAGCACUACAAACAGGGCCAUUUCCCGCUGGUCAUCUGGCAAACCGGCUCGGGCACCCAAUCAAAUAUGAACACAAACGAGGUGAUCAGCAAUGCGGCCAUCAAGAUGUUGGGCGGCGAACUGGGCAGCAAGACGCCGGUGCAUCCCAACGACCAUGUGAACAAGUCGCAGAGCUCCAACGACACCUUCCCCACCGCCAUUCACAUUGCGGUGGGAAUGGAGCUGAACGAAAGGCUUGUUCCGGGGCUGACCCACCUCAGGAACGCCUUGAAGUCCAAGUCGGACGAGUUCAAGGACAUCAUCAAGAUCGGCCGCACCCAUCUGAUGGAUGCAGUGCCUUUGACUCUGGGCCAGGAGUUCAGCGGUUACACUCAGCAGUUGAGCUACGGCCUGGAGAGGAUCAAGUGCUGUCAGCCGCGGGUCUACGAGCUGGCUUUGGGUGGCACAGCCGUGGGAACGGGCUUGAAUACGCACAAGGGAUUCGCCGAGAAGGUGGCCAAGCGAAUUGCCGAGCUCACCUGCCUGCCGUUCGUCAGUGCGCCCAAUAAGUUCGAGGCUCUGGCUGCCCGGGAUGCCAUGGUGGAGGUGCACGGUGUCCUCAACACGAUCGCUGUCAGUCUGAUGAAGAUUGCCAACGACAUUCGACUCUUGGGCUCCGGUCCUCGGUGCGGAUUCGGGGAGCUAAUGCUGCCGGAGAACGAACCUGGCAGCUCGAUCAUGCCCGGGAAAGUGAAUCCCACGCAGUGCGAAUCGAUGACCAUGCUGUGUGCCCAGGUGAUGGGCAACCAGGUGGCGGUGUCCAUUGGCGGAUCCAACGGACAUUUCGAGCUGAACGUGUUCAAACCGCUGAUAGUUUCCAAUGUGCUGCGCUCAAUUAGGCUGCUGGCGGAUGGCAGCAUGAGCUUCAGCAAGAAUUGCGUGGAAGGACUGCAGGCCAACAAGGACGCGAUAGACAAGAUCAUGAACGAGUCCCUGAUGCUGGUCACCGCCUUGAAUCCGCACAUCGGCUAUGACAAGUCCGCCCAGAUCGCAAAGGCGGCUCACAAGAAUAAGACCACGUUAAAGGAGGAGGCCUUAAAAGAGGGAAUCACCGAGGAGCAGUUCAAGGAGUGGGUUAAUCCCAAGGAGAUGCUGGGACCCAAGUGAUCUGCGCCCUUAUAUACAUUCAAUGUUGUCAGUUUGACUCAAUAAAUUUGUCACAUUUCA